CCCUGACUGGGCUGCACCAACACGUCAUAAAGUAACUUGCGACCAACUGAGUCAACGCCAAUCAGGGGCAAUAUCGUGAACGCAGACGUCCGGCGAGUAAUAAUCAUGGCGCAUACAUAACAGAUAUGGGUACCCUCCUAUUUCCAUGGCUGCCUCGUUAUGCUGUCUGGCCCUGCUAUGGGUUUAGGCAUGCUUGGAGGAUCUAAGCAUAUGCGAGACCUGAAGUUGGCUGCGGAAUUGAGCCUGUAUCCUGGUUCACUAUCCAAUGGAAAAUCUAUUCACUCAGCUCUCCCUCAGGCAUUUACACAAAAGGACAGUGUUACCGCAGAAUAUAUCGAGAUCCCAAUCGAUCACAAUAAUAAGUCAGUUGGAACUUACCGGAAUCGGUUCUGGGUUAAUGACGACUACUAUGAACCUGGACGUCCAGUCAUAAUGUACGAUGCCGGCGAAAUAGAAGCAAACACUAUUGCUCAAAGCCACCUGAGGUCGGACGCAUCAUUCUUCAAGCAGAUCCUCGCAGAGUUGCAUGCAAUAGGGAUUAUAUGGGAGCAUAGAUAUUAUGGAAACUCCACUCCAUAUCCCAUUAGGAGGGAUACGCCACCCGAGCACUUCAAAUACCUUACGACUAAGCAAGCCCUGGAGGACAUCCCAUACUUUGCGCGGAACUUCAGCCGACCAAAUUUCUCCAACAUAGAUCUCACGCCCAGCUCCACGCCGUGGGUCAUCAUCGGAGGUUCAUAUGGUGGGAUCCGGGCCGCCUUUGCUCGCAACAAAUAUCCCGAUGUCAUCUUCGCUGCCUAUUCCUCCUCUUCCCCAGUCCAAGCCCAGGUGAAUAUGAGCAUCUACUAUGACCAAGUCUACCGUGGCAUGGUCGGACAUGGGCUUGAAAAUUGUACGAAGGCCAUCCAUGCAGCCUUGAAUUAUAUCGAUCAGCAACUAUCGAAGAAUAGCACAGCUGCAUCUAUCAAACAGCUAUUCUUUGGCCCGGGGGCUGAGAAGAACAGUAACGAAGGUUUCACGGCAGCUUUAGUGUCCCUCUUCAACUACUUCCAGAGCUACGGCGUCGACGGCCCAGAAGGAAGCUUGCGCGAAUUCUGUAAUUAUCUGAAAGCGGACCCGGUAUCGAUGUUAUCAGCAAGUUCCGGUAGCUUCGCGCAGAUCCUUGGUGGCAAGUAUGUGGCAGAGCGUUGGGCUGCAUGGCCUAUGUUUACACCCAUGGUCAAUGUAUUCUUCGAGACCAAUUGCAGAGGCCUCAAUGCUUCUAAAGAGUCGUCAUGUGAAUUGGACUUGCUAUAUACUGACCCUGAUUCUAUCAGCUGGACUUGGCAGUACUGUACCGAGUGGGGAUUUUAUCAAAGCAACAAUGCCGGUCCUCACUCUCUCCUUUCCCGCUAUCAGACCCUGGAGUAUCAGCAGCAAGUAUGCAAGAACCACUUCCCGAAGGCAGUCGCCAAUGGUAUGCUACCACCACGCCCGGAGACGGAAACUCUCAACAAGGAGUACGGAGGCUGGAAUAUCCGUCCGUCCAAUACGUACUUCAGUGGUGGAGAGUAUGAUCCCUGGAGGACGUUGUCGAUUCUGACAAGUGAGGAUAUCGCUCCUGAAGUUGCGCCCAAUGGAAUCACGUUCUCCACUGAAAUUCCGAAAUGUGGGGAGACUAAUAAGGGCAAGGUGUUCGGAUAUAUUCUGAAGGAUUCGGAACAUUGCUAUGAUUUCCAAGUAGCGUCAGCCGAAGGAAAGGUGUCUCGCGACCUGUUCAAGCAGGCCUUGACAAAAUGGUUGCCCUGCUUCAACUCUUCCAAAGCGAAAGAGACACGAGCAGAGUAAGAGGGCAGUGUGGGGGAAAAUGUGGAGUUGACUCAGUUCUCCGAGGGCCGAGCACUUUUAAGGUUCCUUUCUCAACUAACCCCUUUCGGAGAUGCUUGCGAUGGG